GGCAAUGUGGUAGCCCGCAGAGAAGUCUACCGUGAAGGCAUAGGCUCAAUAAGUCCCUGACUGUGCGAUGGACCAUCCGGUUAAUGGAUUGCACCCUCCGCCACUCGCAUCUCUGCCGCCAGCCGAAAUACGGCUUGCUAUUGCCCCACCGGAAUGGGAAGCAUGUCUAGAUGCAUGGCUAAUAGUCACGAACUUGUAUUUAAACUUAUCCUUCCGACAGUUGGCAACAGACGGGCUCGAUAAUCUUGUCGACUUUCUCCCACGUUUCUACCAGGAACUCGCCUCUGCCGAACCUCAUGAUGGCACACUUUCGGGGUCGAAAGCCCAAAGCCUUCGCAGGCAAUGCUUCAUGCUCUUCGAUCGUAUGAUCUCAGAAGACACUGUUCCGCCGACUAUGUUGCAAUGGAAGUUCCUCUCCAACGUCUGCCGUGUCCACAUGCGAAGCGCUGCAUUGUCACGACUCAUGGCGACCUUGUGGAAGCGCAGGUCGAGUAGUAUUCAGUCCACGUUACAGAACCGGAAGAAAGACCUAACGGCACUGUUGGAGUCGCCCGAUCCUGGUGUUGCGGUGUUGGAACUAGUGGAACUUGCGCCCGUUAUGCGAGCUUCGGCAGAUAUUGGCGCCUUCUUCCUUACCGGAACUGACUUUAUGGACGCCCUAUCCUCGGCAUAUACGAAUUUUGCAGUGGACAAACAAAGGGUUGCACUUGUGACUGUAGCCUAUCUCGGUCUGCUUGCCCAAGUCAAGCUUGAGCAUGCCAAUCUCUCUGCGCUGUCGGAUGCCCUGUACGGUCUCAAGGCCCAAGCCGAUCGGCAGGGCAGUAUUGCAACGCUGCUCGCUGAUCUUAUAACCAAUACGCCGCUUGUGGGUCGUCUGAGACAAGCAGGAAGCGGUGCGCCUGCGGAGAGGCUCCAUAAGCUUCUAGACACGCUUGAGCUGUACCGCAUGCCUAGCAUCGAGCGAGGUCAUCGUCAUCGUCAUCGCAAGAUGGCCAAGGGUAAACGCAAAGCCACGCACGUCAACGGCGAGCUUCAUGUUCACCGGAUGAGCCUUGUAGGGCAAAUACAAGACCUGUUCCCCGAUCUUGGCGCAGGGUUCGUGCUGAGGUUACUGGACGAGUACGGCGACAAUGUUGAGCAAGUCACGGCGCACCUUCUCGAUGACUCCUUGCCUCCACACCUGCAAAGUCUCGAAAGAAGCGAGCAGGCACCGAUCUACGACUCAGACACUCACGAAGAAAUAGACCAUUUAGCUCCGCGGUCCACGCCACCGCCACCAGACCCAUGCGUACCGGACAGACGCAACGUCUUUGACGACGACGAAAUCUUGACGGCGGAUGCCGCUCAUCUGCACAUUGGAAAGAGAGCAGAUCGAACCGAGUCGUUGCAGCCCAACAAAGCCGCCAUUCUGUCCGCUCUAGCCGCGUUCGACGCGGAUGACGACGAACGCGAUGACACCUACGACGUAGAAGACGUUGGUGGUACGGUCGAUACCGCGCACCCGGAUGGCGAGCCCGGAACGGCAGCGAAAGUUACGCUCGAGGAGAACGAAAUGGCGUUGUUCAAUUCGUACAAGGCAACACCGGAGCUCUUCGGCCGAACGUUCGAUGUACGACGAGGGCAAGCCCGCUCGGCGCUGAAAGCUGAGACGGGCAUGACUGACGAAGCGAUUGAAGGGUGGGCCAUCAUGCUACAGCGUGAUCCGCGGAGAGCGAAGAAAUUGGAGGAGCGCUUCACCCAUUUCAAUUGCGCGCAGCCUGCCUUGGCAAGCACGGCCUACAGAGAUAGUGAGGACACAGAGGACUCUGACGCGCAGCAGAGUGGCAGAAGCAGUGGCUUUCGCGGACGCGGGAGGGGCGGUCGUGGUCGUGGUGGGGGCAGAGCUGGCGGUGUCGCAGGGCCAUCAAGUGAUCCAAGCACAGCUGCAGCCCAGCGGAGAAAGGAAGCGAACAAAAGCAGCCGAGCGAACCAUAAUCGCCGCGAUCAGCGUGCGCGAAAGAUGGCGAGAGGUGGGUUUGCGGGCUAGGGGG